UAAAUGUUAUCUCAAAGUUUAUAAUACUACACAAAGUGAAUCGAAUUGCACACUUAUCAUACAGCAUUGAAUUAGGAAUAGGGUUGACUUCAAUGACCCAGUGGAGUUAGUCAUCGGUGUUCGAUUGUCCAUUAGAGGAAAUAUUCAAAGGAUGUUAGAAUUCAUACUUGGGCUGCUGUUUGGUGUGAUAUGUUACGCUGCACAUAUAUACUUCACGUAUGAACUGUUGGUAUGGACGAUAAUAACACAAGCGAUAUUGCUAGUACUGUUUGUGGCAAUAUACAGAAGACUCGUUGGUGGAAGGCUGGAUGUGAAGGACAGAGCUGUACUGAUCACUGGGUGUGACACAGGUAUAGGGCAUGGUCUAGCCAAACAUUUAGACGGACUUGGCUUCACAGUAUUUGCGGGAUGUUACAAUGCGAAUGGUCAAGAUGCCCAAAGUCUCAGAAAAGGGGCUUCCGAGAGAUUACAUAUUGUUCAACUUGAUGUGAGAAGCGAUGAAGAUGUUCAAAAGGCAGUUGAUUAUGUCAAGCAAAAUGCAUCAGGACUGUGGGCCGUAGUGAAUAAUGCAGGAGUUGAGGAGCCUGGUGAAGUGGAACUAUGUAAAAUGGAAUGGUAUUACAAAAUUGCAGAGGUUAACUAUUUUGGCAUCAUCCGUAUUACAAAAGCUUUUCUACCCUUCAUUAGGAAAUCCAAAGGUCGCGUGCUGGUAGUUACAAGUGUUAAAGAACGAAUGUACCUACCAGCCAACUCUGCAUACGUUAUCACAAAGCAUGCAAUGGGAGCCUUCUGUGACAUCUUGAGAUUAGAGAUGAGUCAAUGGGGUGUUAAGGUCUGUGCUAUUGAACCUGGUCAUUUUGGAGAAUGUACAAAAAUUGUUACUGCCAAUCACUAUAAAGCAUCCCAUGACGCCAUUUGGGAAUCCCUUAGUCCUGAACUCAAGCUGGCAUAUGGAAAGGAAUAUGUACACCAUCCUGUGAACAGUACAUCCCCACUUGGUAUUGUUGAUCUUUCCGCUACAAAACUUAACAAACUAAUUCAUAAUAUGACAGACGCUCUAUUAGAGAUUUCUCCAAAAGAAAGAUACCUUGUUUCUGGAUAUUGGUUUGAUAUUUUUGUGAUAACAGUAUAUUUGCGGAUGGUACUUCCAACGAGUCUUCUGGAUAAAAUAAUAAUGUUGAUAUGGCAAAGUAACUUUCCAAAACCAGAUGCAUUAAAAUAGGCUAUAUGGCCUGAACAAGACAACCUGCUUAUACAUCGAAUACUCGCAAAAUGUUUGCUAUAAUUUUCAAUACAAAAUUAUACAUAAAAGAGCAACAUGCUCGGAGCUCCUGAUGGAAUACAUAUAGAGUACCUUUGUCUUCAUAUAACCUUAUUUGAACCCUUAAAAUAACAAAUGCAAGGCUAUCAAAUGUAAAUUUUGAUCUUCACGUCGAUCGGAACAGUUCUGCGAAGUCCCUUGCAAAGACCCUUGUGCCGCUCAGUUUUGGAAGAGGAUUAAGACGAUGAUUUAGAUGAUUUCGACGCAGGACAUUUUCUUGAAUCAUAUCGUAUCGUGAAUACGAUUUUCAUGAGAGGGAUUGGGAGGGACAAUUCAAUUUUUUCAAUAUCAAAAAUAUUUUAUUCACCGGAAAGUAGUUGUAUCAUAGGGUAAAUUGUUACAUACAUGGAUACUUUGAAAUAACUUCUUUACCUCUGCUGAAUUGAUACUUAACGUGGCACAUUAAAUGCUAAUAUUUUGGGCUUGAGAUGACAGAAAUGAUGCUUUAUUGGGUCGUAGUGGUCCUUUAAGGCGUGCCAAUGUCAUUUUGUGUGUCACGAUAACCAUUUUAACAGUUGCUUGGUUUUUUGCCAAUGUUACAGAUCCACCCUUAACAUGUUUUUGUUACAAAAUUCCAAUUUACACAUAAUAAAAUAUGACUUCAAACUGUCUGCGUCGCUCAUUCUUAACCCUACAUGGCAAAUAUAUCAAAUAUCAUUCUUGCACAAGUACCAACUUGAAGACUCAGAAUGUUACAAAACAGGGCAAGAAAGAAUAACAUCUAUGAGUACACCCGGUUAUAAGGAAAACUAACCCCAAAUUUCCUAAACUAUGAUAAAAUGCUAUCGAAUUUUUAUUAACUUAAAAAUAGUUGAAAAUAUAAGUAUCCGUACGAGGUAGAGCAUUUAAUCUAAAAUGGACAGACAAAAAACAAACCUUGAGGUUCACUAGAGUAUCAAUAUCAGAAACUUUAUUAACAUUGCCCAUUUCCUUUAGGUAUUUGUCAUAACCACCAUAUUUAACCAAUCUGCUUGCAUUCAUUAUUCGCUCAAUUUUUAUAUCUUCUUACUGCACAUAUCUUAUAUGGCGGGAUUGUUAAUGUGAGUCCAAGUUUCAUUUUCAAAGAUGGGAGUUUCUCACCAGGGGGCAGUGUGAAUGUGUAACGCUGUAGUAGCGAAGUGAACGUGAGAAACAACUCCAUCCUUGCGAGGGCUUCCCCAGGACACACUCUUUUGCCUAGGAAUAUAAAUAAAAAUUGUGAAAACAA